CUCCCUCUCUAGCUCCCUCCCCUCCAUCCAGUCCUCUCCCUCCCUUCUUCUCUGUCUCUCUCUUGCUCUCUCUCUCUCUCGCCUGCUCUCUCACGCUCUCGCUCUCUCUCUCUCUGGUUUGCUUUUUUUUUCCUCCUCCCUUUGAGCAUCCUCUGAAAGCCGCAGUGACUAGCAGCAGCAUCCAUGGCCUAAACCACGCACGGUCAGGCGUUAGGGCUGUACGAGAGCCACUGGGAAGCGUUCUGCCUCUCUUUAUUUCUCUGUGUGUCCAUCUCUCCGCUGACCAGGGGCUUCUCCCUCUCCUCCUUUCAUUUCAGGCUCUUUGGAGAUAGAGGAAUGCAAAUCUGCAACCAUGAUGGAAGGAUUGAAAAAACGUACCAGGAAGGCCUUUGGGAUACGGAAGAAAGAGAAGGACACUGACUCCACGGGGUCACCAGACAGAGAUGGAGGAGAAUCACUGCAGCAAGACCAGCAACAGAUUGAACUGCCACCAAAGAAGACCAAUGGGGCUCCCAAUGGUUUCUAUGGGGAGAUUGACUGGGACCGAUAUAACUCUCCCAUGGUGGAUGAUGAGGGCUACAGCAUCAGACCAGAUGAAGAGGGAGAGUCCCCAAAGGAAAAGAGACACUUCUUUUCAUCCAGCGAGUCAGAGGAAGAGGAAGACCACCGCAAAAAGUUUAAGAUCAAGAUCAAACCCCUGCCUGCAGACAGUGCUGAAUUUGUGGCUCCUUCGGUAGAUGAAUUAAAAGCCUCCAUAGGCAACAUAGCUCUGUCUCCCUCGCUUCUGAGGAGCAGUCCGAGACGUAGCCCGGGUCUGGGAAAAAGAAAUGCACCUGGUGAUGAAAUUGCACGACCAAGACGUUCUAUUCCCACAGCUGCCCCCAUUGCUGCCCCAUCACCUACACCUACACCCCCUCCUGCACCUGCACCUGCACCUGCGCCUGCACCUCAACCUCCCAGUAAGAGAUCUCCAGUGCCAGAGGACGCAACAGCCUUAUUUGGCCCUCCACUGGAGACAGCCUUUGAUGAGCAGAAGACUGAAGUGAUGAUAGAGGAACCUGAGGUUUGGGGUGCUCCUUUACGUGACCAAAACCCAGACUCUACUCUGGGAAGACCGUUUCCUUCAGGAACGCUACCUCCGCUUCCACCCAAGAAUGUGCCGACCUCCCCCCCUCCAAUCAGCUCUCCAACCACAGAAUCUGCUGCUGACGCAGACGUAAAAGCAGAGGACAAUCCAGCACCCACCCAACACAGGCCCUCCAUAGCAGAUCUGGACAACAUCUUUGGUCCAGCCGACUCCCCCAAACCUACUGACAAUGCUGCAGACACUUGGGUGUGCUUCAACGAAGAAUCUUCAGAAAGACCACCCUCUCCUCCAGAUGAACCGGCCCCACCACUCCCCACAUCUCCUCCCCCUCCAGCAGAGCCCGCCCCACCAUUACCUAAAUCCCCGCCCCCACCAGAAGAACCAGUUCCUCCUUUACCAAAGUCCCCGCCUCCUCCGGGAGAGCCUGCCCCUCCCCUUCCUACAGCUGAAUCACCAAGAGGGACCACACCCUCUCCUCCAGCUAUUCCUCCUCCUCCAAAAGAAACCACACCCUCUCCCCCAACUAUUCUUCCCCCUCCUCCAAAAGAAACCACUCCCUCUCCCCCAGCAGUCCCUCCACCUCCAGAGGAAGAGGCUCCCCCUCCACCUGUUGAGCUGGCCCCACCCAACAAAGCAUCGACUCCACCUACCCAAAGUGUGGACACAGGGUCUGGCUCAGCCAUCAGUCCACCCAGCACUCUAGAGACAAAUGCUCGUACAAUCCCCCCACCGCUAGUCCUCAAUCAGGAAGAGAAGACGAGCCCCGAGGAGCUUCAUCCAAAGGAGGACCCAAGUGGAAGCAGUGCUUCACCCAAAGAAGUUGGUCUGGGCCCCCGAUCAACCCCUCCACCCCCUCCACCGCCCACAUACAGGGCCGUGGUGUCGUCCCCUGGUCCUGUCCCUGGAGCUGUUAGUGGAGGCAGCGGAAGUGGCUCCUCCUCCCCUGCACGCCCUGCAACGCCAUUGGCUGCUAGCAGCCCUCCCCCUCCCCCACCUCGGCCACCCUCCCGCCCCAAACUGGCUCCUGGGAAAGCGAGUUCAGGGGAUGUGAAUCGGCCCUUCAGCCCCCCGAUGCACUCUUCAAGCCCCCCGCCCAUCGCGCCGCUGGCCCGGGCCGAGAGCACCUCCUCUAUCUCCUCCACCAACUCCCUGAGUGCUGCCACCACGCCUACCGUCGGUAAAGAGCUCUCCGUGUCUGUGUCAGAUGACGCUUUUGUAGACAAACUGCCCAGCUUUGAGAAGCGAGCUGACCUGCCAGCAGAGACAGACCAGCCCUCCCUCGUUUGGUUUGACAGAGGCAAGUUUUAUUUAACCUUUGAAGGGUGCUCACGUGGGCCCAGUCCUCUCACCAUGGGGGCCCAGGACACUCUUCCAGUGGCUGCAGCUUUUACUGAAACGGUCAAUUCUUACUUUAAGGGAACGGAUCCCAGCAAGUGUGUAGUGAAGAUCACAGGAGAGAUGGUCUUGUCCUUCCCGGCUGGCAUCACCAGGCAUUUUGCCAAUAACCCCUCACCUGCAGUGCUAACCUUCAGUAUAACCAACUACAGCCGUCUGGAGCACGUCCUCCCUAACCCUCAGUUACUGUGCUGUGACACAACGCAGUCCAACCCCAACUCUAAAGAAUUCUGGGUGAAUAUGACGAACCUCAUGGCCCACUUAAAGAAGGUGGCUGAACAGAAGCCUCAGGCCACAUACUACAAUGUAGACAUGCUGAAAUAUCAGGUAUCAGCACAGGGUCCUCAGUCUACUCCCUUAAACCUGGCUGUGAACUGGAGGUGUGAGCCCACCAGCACUGACUUAAGGAUAGACUACAAAUACAAUGGCAAUGCAAUGACCACACCGGUGGCCCUUAACAAUGUCCAGUUCCUCAUCCCUGUGGAUGGAGGGGUCAACAAACUACAGGCUGUGCUACCCCCAGCUGCCUGGAAUGCAGAGCAGCAGAGAAUUCUGUGGAAGAUUCCAGAUAUCUCUCAAAAGUCUGAGAACGGAGGUGUCGGCUCUUUGCUGGCACGGUUCCAGCUGACGGAUGGCCCAAGUAAGCCGGCCCCUCUGGCAGUGCAGUUUACCAGUGAAGGCAGCACUCUCUCUGGCUGUGACAUCGAGUUGGUCGGCCCUGGAUACAGAUUCUCCCUCAUCAAGAAGAGAUUUGCUGCAGGAAAAUACAUGGCGGACAACUAAUCAGCACUACAGAGAGACAGCGCGAGAGAGUUGUGUCUCUUCAUGGACUAAGUGAAAAUUACUCGAAACACUCCGGCCCCUGCCUGACCCCUUUCGGAGGAUCCCUUUAUAUAGAUGUCUGAGACAGGCAGAGCCCACACUCCAGCAGUAUUGUAUAAGUUGCAUAUAGAAAUUGUGGACCGUUUUAGGGUGUAUUCUUGUAUUUGUAAACUGUUAACAUUUCAAAAACUGUAUUGCUGCUGUUAGACAGCAUGGGUUUUCCCUUAAGGUUAGCCCCUCGUCUUUCUAAUGUCUUGUUGUUCUACCCACAGGCUGUGGCUGCCUGAAUCCUCGGUAUCUGUCUAAAUGUGCUCCAGACGAAUCAGUGUUGAGUCUGUUCAGCAAGGCAGCGCGUUUCCAGCAGGAUAAGGAGCUCAGGGCGUCUGUAAGUCCGUGACCAGUUGAACUUUAUCUGUUAACAGGGAAAUAUUCCAUCCAGGAUUGUGUGUAUGCCUGUUGCCAAAUGUUGAGCUGUUACUCUUGGGCAGGAUAGGAGUCGGGGUGUUGAGAGUUGAUUGAGAGUGCUGCUGCUGCUGCUGGGGUAUCUCUCUCCUUACCACAAGGAGGCUAUAUAAAUAUAUAUAUAUAUAUAUAUAUAUAUAUAUAUAUAUA